AUGUCUGACUUUAAUAUACUCGACUACGCCACCAAGUGGUAUGUUUUAGCGCCAGCAUUGAUUAUCCUUUAUGCCGUAUACAAUCAAGUUAACGAGGCAUACUUGAGGAAAAAGUUGGGUGCAGCUAAAGAAACAAACUGUGAAAGUGAUGGAGCUUUCGGAUUUAAACUUCCAUUUUGGUUGAUCGAAAGGAAAAGGAAUGGAACUCUUGUUGACUUUGCGGCUGAUAGAUAUGCUGAGAUCACAAAUACAGAGGUUCCUACGUUUUCUAUGAGAAUUUUCACCAUAAAGCUCUGGGCUACCAAAGAUCCUGAAAACAUCAAGGCAAUUUUAGCUACCCAAUUCAACGAUUUCUGUCUAGGAACUAGACACCCACAAUUCNACUUGACAAUGUCCUUGUAUGAUGGAUGUAAUGUCAAGAUGGAGUAA